AUGAGCAGCCACAACAGCAAGACUAUAGACUUGGACAUGUCGGCAGUCCUCGAGGAGGAAGACUCUACGGACGAGUUCAUGGACGAAGAAGAAGAGGAUGACAAUGUGAGCUUUUCUUCCAUCACUCCCACGAUUCGUCGCAGCAAAUGGUUGGUGGCCUUGGUCUUGUUGGUGGGAAUUGCGGGAGGGAUUGCUUUCCUUAUCUUGGGGAUUCAAAAGGAGAAAGACCAACAAGACGAGCACUUUGAACUUCGAGCCACUCAAUUGACCAAGGACCUUGCCAACACGGUGCAGGAAUACGAAGUCGCCGCCCGCAGCGUCCACAAUGUUUGUCACAAUCGCAAGACGACUCGCGCCGAGUUCAAGACUUUUUUCGAGUACUUGACCAGCGGAGGACUCCGUUUUGGAGCCGCACAGUGUCUCUUCAAUGUCACCCACGAAGAACGACCGGCAUACGAAGCCGAGGCCAAGACGUAUUACGACGAAAACUAUCCUCCCAACAGUGUCAAUUACACUGGCUUCAAGGGAUUCAAGGGCGUCGUCGACCCCGAAACGGGCAAAGUCGGAGUCAAGUUCUUGAUGCAAGCAGAAGAGGCGCCCUUUUACUUCCCCGUGCAUUACUCGGAACCGGUCAUUCCCAAUGCCCGAGCUUUGGGCUUGGAUACCUACAGUCAUCCAUUUCAGCAGUACGAGAUUGAUAUGGCCAUUGAAACACGAAAGCCCGUGCUGGGGACUCGUCUCAAGGUGGUGCAGGAAACGCAAGAGGGCGCCUUUUAUUCCGUCAUUAUCCGACAUCCCGGAAUCCCGCAGCCCAAUGAAACGGAGAAGCUCAAGGAGAUUGCAGGAAUCCUCGUGCGCAUUCCGUCUCUGCUGGAACGACGUGCCCAAGAACAGAAGGAAUCCAUUGCGUGCUUUGUCUAUGAUAUGACUCCACGUCCGGGAUCCACGGGAGAACCCGUAUACUUGGGAGCCGCACAAUUCCAAGCCAAACUGGAGAAUGGAACGGUCGUCACCACCGUGGCAUUUCCUCCCGUGGAAGUGGACUAUCAACAGGUCAUUCAAGAGAAUAAUCACCAUGGACGAGUCCAGGAGGUCCACAUCCCCAUUGCCCAUGGGACAUGGAAAGUCGUCGUGACACCCUUACCCGGCGAUGAUACCUUUCAAGUCAACACUGCGGACACUGUCUUUGGGGGUGUCAUGAUCUUGCUUUGUACACUCUUUCUGGCAGCAUUCUUAUGGAGGAAUAUGAGACAAAUGGAAACCAUUCAUGAGGCCAAACACAAGGCGCAAGCCGAACGGAAAAUCAUUGCCGGACUCUUUCCCGAAAAUGUCAUUGAACGAUUGGUGCACGACGAAAAGAUCAAACAACAGGCACUCAAACGACGAAAGAAACAACAGGGACAAGUAUUUGAUGGCAAAAUGACAAUGGGGGUGGAACUUAUGGCGGCUACGGCACCCACGGUAACCACAGCGGGCACCGCGGACCUGAUGAUGGAUCCCAUGACGCUCAUGAUGUUGCAACAGGAGGAAUCUACCGAAACAAAUGCGCUUUCCAAGUCGCUCUACGGAAGCAAUCCCAUUGCCGAUCACUUUGAGGAUACCACGAUCCUGUUUAUGGAUAUGGUCGUCGAAACGGUCGGAGACUGUUAUGUGGCUGUUGUGGGCAUCCCCACUCCCGUCAAAAAACAUGCCCGGGUCAUGUCGAGAUUCGCCACAGAUUGUCUUGUCAAGAUGAAGGCUUUGCUCUUGGAUUUGGCAGAAGGGUUGGGAGAAGACACCAAAGAUUUAAACCUGAGAGUGGGACUGCACAGUGGAAGUGUCACCGGUGGCGUUCUGAGAGGGGAAAAGGGUCGAUUCCAACUGUUCGGUGACAGCAUGAACACGGCCGCACGAAUGGAACAGAACGGACAACCUGGGAAGAUUCACGUAUCCGCCAGCACUGCGGAAGCGUUGAGGGCUUCUGGCUGUGGAAAAUGGUUGACAGAACGACAAGACAAGAUUGUAGCCAAAGGGUUAGGGCAAUUGACAACGUACUGGGUCUAUGUGAAUACAGAUUCGAUUGGGACCGGCUUUUCCGGAUUCACGUCACUCUCGGAACAUACCGGUACGGGACAUCGCGAAACUGAAUCAUCGUAUAAUCAUGAGAGCAAAGAACUUUCGACAUGGGAGGAGAAACUUCACGAGAGUCAAGAAAAUCUUUUGGAAGAAGCAAGCUUUGCCGAUGAAUACGAGGAGGUCGCCGCCGAGCAGCAAGCCCCUGCUCCUCAGAGUCGUCUAUUGCUAUCGCAAGCGCAACGAGCGUUUGGCAGUUUUGCAGAGAGGUUUGGAAUUCAAGAUGAGGUUGAGGUUUAG